CUGACAGAGCAACAGCUUUUUCGUCCUUUACAUCAGUCAAAUAAGCGUGAUUCAGUUUUCUACUGAAAUCUUCACUCAAAAAAAUCUCGACCUUCUUUUAAGUUUUGACAUUGCAGGAAAGCAUGGAAGCCAAUAGGGGUCAAGGUGGAAUCCAGCAGUUGCUUGCUGCAGAACAAGAAGCUCAACACAUUGUCAAUGCUGCCAGAAAUGCAAAGAUGGCUAGGCUGAAACAAGCCAAGGAAGAGGCUGAAAAAGAGAUUGCUGAAUAUCGAGCUCAAGUGGAGAAGGAGUUUCAGAGGAAAGUUGCUGAGAGCAGUGGAGAUUCAGGUGCUAAUGUGAAGCGGCUUGAGCAAGAGACAGAAGCAAAGAUUCACCACCUGAAACAUGAGGCUGCAAGAAUAUCAGAUGAUGUUGUCCAAAUGCUUCUCAAGCAUGUAACCACUGUGAAGAAUUAAGCCCCUUGACAUGGCAAAUAUUCAAAGUUUGUUAUGCUGUUGUUUCCCCUAGCGUGGUUUAUCCCAAGGCCAUAGCCUCCUGCAUGAUGUAUUAUUUGCCUUCUUGUGUUCAUUUAGUUUUAGACUUUGCUUGGCAAACUAGACCCUUUUUAUCAGAUAAAGCAGUUUGAGAAUAUGUAGGCCAAAUGAUUUGCCCAGAGUAAGGCCCUGUUUCUUUUGUAAUGGGAGAAAGAGCCAUGAAGUUUUACUUUUCAA